AGCAUAACUCAGCAGUUCACCUGUUUGAGCAUCUUCACCAGUGGAACUAAAAAACCAUCAUGGCAGCAUCGGACGGGUUUCCUGCUAGUUUCUAUGGGGAACCAGGAGUGUUGGGCAUGUUAUCAAAUGGGAUCAGUGCAUUCCUUGUACUUCUACAGAACUUUAAUACAGCUCACUCUGGCAUUGCACCAGUUGGAGUGGAGAACAUACUUGCAGGUGUUCAUCUCAUCCUGAUUGGCGGUAUCUGCCAGCUGGUGGCUGGACUGCUUUCCUUUCGGAAGUAUGAUCACCUGAGUGGCACUGCUUUCAUUGGCUAUGCCGCUCUUUGGGGUAGUUAUGGAGCAACCCGAAUCUACAAUGGUGCCUUAUUUCAUAGUCAAAUGUCAAUGCUGCAUCAGCUGAUAAACAUUCCCUCCAACUCCACAGAGUGCCGCUUAUGCCUGUCCAUAGAACAGUCAGCAAUUGCAGGUCUGGUCCCUUAUAUCCUGCUGUCCUUUCUCCUGGCAUUUUGCUCUGCCACAGUCAACUACAUCAUGCCUUUUGUUUUUGGGGCCAUCACAGCCACUUUAAUCUUUGAAGCAGUAGCUGUAGUAGCAGGUUCCUGGGCCCUUGUGGUCUCUGGAGUUCUGGAGUUACUCAUCCUGCUCUUUGCCAUCUACGGUUCAGCUGCUCUGCUCAUCAAAGGUCUGACUCAGCGUUUAGUCCUUAAAGGCUUUGGGACCCCUCUCUUUAAUGUCCUCCUGCUGGGAACCACCAACUCAGCAAGUGCCCAGAGCAUUGGCCAAGAGAAGAAGAAGAACACAAAAUAUGCAGAGCCUAUGGCCUUGGGUUUCUUCUGUGACUCUGUUGCUCCUUUCAUCUUUGCUUUCUACAGUUUUGGGUACAUGAAAUCAUUUGGUUUAGGAGUCGCUUGGGUAUCAAUUGUCUCAGUUGCCCAGCUGUUCUCCAGCUACUAUGCUCAUCUGCGUCAAGAUUGCUACCACACAACUAAGUUUGGAUUUCAUGCCACAUACUGGCUGAUCAAGGCAUGGGACGAGUUUGUGGUAUCUGCUCUGAUAGUGCAGGAGAAUCAAGUUGUCUCUGGGAGGGAAGCAAUGGUGGGAAACUGGUUCUUUGUGGUGGCAGGCUUGGUGCUCUGUGUUGGAAGCCUGAACAUGGACGUCCUAGAGCUCAUCCACAACUUGCUCUUUGUCCUGGUCACAGUUGCAACAAUCCCUCAGAUCCCCUUGCAGGAUUACUACAUCUUCUUUGGUGUAGCUUGCUCCCUGUUCACUGCGGCCUCCAUCUAUGGCACCUUCUCGCGUCUAAUAAACACCAUUGCAGAAAAGUCUCUCAUCCCUGUCGGAGCACAGCCCAUCAGCACUGAGCAGCUGAAAAGUGCUUUAAUGUGCAGAAAGUCUGGACAGGAAGACCAGCAGGUGCUGCCCCAAACUGACCAGACCUCAGAUGCUCUGUUCUAUCUUUCAAACGGGGUUGCAGCUCUUUCAGCGCUUCAUUCAAGUGUCUCCAGUAUGAAUUCUACCCUCCUUCAUAUGACUGUGCCCUGGGUCCUCAUCUCUGGAGCAAUCAUCCAGGCCUACGUCAGCAGGCUGCAAGUCACAGGGGGUGGCCGCUUUGGAUCCGUAAUCUCAUCCAUCUAUGUGGUUGUAUGGGCAACUUGGACCUGGUUUAGAUUUGCAGGCGACCAGCUUCAGCUCUCAACAGAGGCAGCUUACGGAUUCACAGCAGGAAGCAUUGCUUUGUUGGUUAUUAAUGCCUUCCUCAUGUUGAUUGCUGCCUACAGGAACCUGGUUCUGCUGUUUCUAACAGCAGUCAUGGAGGUUGUUCUGGUCUGCUUCCUGCUCUCCACUCUUCAGCAACUGCCAUAUAAACUUGAAAUGGCCAUGCUUGGACUGGUUUCCAUCAUUUGUAUAUAUGGAGCUUUGGCUUCACUAGUAAACUGCAUCUUCUCACAGAGAAUGCUUCUGAUGGGUCCUCCCCUCAUUAAGGAAAAAGUAAAACAAGAAACAUCUACAGAGCCGCCCUGUCCAGUGACCAACUCUCGUCUCACCAGUGGUCUCUUGAAGAUAGCUGGUAUUCUGGAGGAGGGAGGAGUAUGUGGUAUUCCCACAGAUACUGUGUAUGCUUUGGCUGCAUCGUGCAAAAAUCCUCAGGCAAUUGAGAAAAUCUACAACAUUAAAGACAGACCAGCAGAGAAGCCUAUAUGCAUUUGCAUUUCCAGUGUAGAGCAGCUGGUGGCAGCCAAGCCUCCAUUUAGUCCUCUGCUGUGGGAAUUUAUGAGGAACGUGUAUCCUGGAGGCAUUAGCUGCAUCGUCAGCAAAGGAGACUGGCUGUUAAGACUGGGAGUUGGACCAGCUUUUGACCGUGUUGGUACCAGAGACAGCAUCAUGAUCCGUGUUCCUGACCACACAGUGACUGGCCACUUAUGUGACAUUACUGGACCUCUUGCUAUUACAUCAGCCAAUCCCAGUGGAGAGGCAGACAGCACCCACCACAGCAUGGUCAUCAAUCGACUGGGCCACAAGAUUCAAGGAGUUCUCUGUGAUGGGGACUCAGACGAAGUUGUUGCAUCCACUGUUGUCAACUGCCUGAAGAUUGAUGAAGGUACCAUCACCAUUGUGAGAGAAGGGUGUGUCCCGGCCAUUAAAGUCCAACGGAUCUUUGACAGAAUUAAAAAUACCAUGGUGUGAGUGACCCUCAUGGCAGGUUUCCUUCAAGUCAAGCUCUGCUUUUCAUUUCAACUUUUUUUUUUUUAAAUAACUGUGGAUGUUUUAUUUCAACUAAAGCACCAAUAUUGGUUAUACCAAUGCCACUGGAAAGUAAAUGUUUUUUUACAUGAGUUUUAGCUUAGAUUCCAAAGCUUAAUGUAAAUAAUGUUUCCCAGUGUUGUCAUUCAAAACCUGCAUGAACCUGAUCUAAAAUUUUUUAUAAAAAAAUGUUUAAAAAUGUUUUAGUUUGUAAAUUAUUCUGUAACUGUGUAUUUAUGUAUUUAAAUUAUGUUAUAUGUUGUAAUGGAGUUCACACAUUAGAUUUAGUUUUUGGUGUUGGAGAACAAUGUUCUCGUUUGAUGUAUGUACA